AAUUGUAUCUUGGGUGGCUGUUAUUGACUUUGGGAGAGGGUUCAAUGCACCACAACAAGAACUCAUCUGGAUUUCGGAGGAUCAGACUGAAGACCAGAUGAAACCGUUUGUGCUCUUCUUCACGUGGAUUCUUGCCUGGGCGUCGGUCUCGGCCAGGUCCACGUGGACAAACAAGCCCGCCAUCAUAGUCAGUACCUCGGACCUGAAUGUGGGGGAGUUCGUGGAGGUCAGCUGCACGCUGCCCAUCGACUACCGGGGUGGCGAUUGUCGUCUCUACCGGGGAGACUCUCGCUUACCCUUCCGACAUAUGUUGGCCUUGGACUACGUUUGCGUCUUCCGCCUGUUGUCCGGCGACCUUCUGGGGCCGCAGCCGGUCGGCAGCCUGGUGUCGUUGAGGUGCGACUACCACCUGCAAGACUACACGUCCGUGUCCAGCGACGGCGCCAGUGUUGUAGUUUGGGGUACUAGUCCCAGUCCCCAGCUGUCAGUCAGCCAUCGGGUGGUCUCUCCAAACGACACCGUGGAGGUCAUCUGCUCGCCGCCGCGCCCGCCGGUCUACAAAUGUCUCUUCUACCGAGACCAGGACACCGUCGCAGAGGGACCCUGCCGACGCAAGCUGACGGGCAGCCAACUGGCCCGCUGGGCGACACCUGCCGUACUACUUCCUGUCAACCUGACCUGCCGCUACCGACCCCAGGAAGACGUCUACUUCCUCUCAGACGCCAGCAGCAACAACGUGCUGUUUGUAGUCGCUAACGACUACAAAACACCAGAAUAAAUGUUGGAAUUAUAAUUGAUAACAAUCAAUCAGUCAAAGUUGACUUAUAUAGCCCUAAAUCACGAGUGUCUCAAAGGGCUGCACAAGCCAAAACGACAUCCUCGGCUCAGAUCCCACAUCAGGGCAAGGAAAAACUCAACCCAAUGGGUUAACAACUAAAACAAUAAAGAAAAUGCCAUCCAAAUAUCACUUGUAAUAAAUAAUAUUGAAUAAGUCUGUUGGUGUUGCCAUGGUGACCAACAACAACACAUGACUUCCGCAU